GCGCACGCGUGCGAAACUGCGUGGGAAUGGCUGUUUGUAUGAUCGAGGGGGUUGGGCCGCUUGGAGCGAGCGGUGAGCUGCAUGAGUUUGUAAUGUCCGCCAUGUUGGCAAUGGCGUAUUGAACCAGGGAGGAACAGCGGUGCCUACGAGAGAAAGAGACCGACAGAGAGCGAUCGAGACCCGGGCCUGCCCGGCUCUGUUCGCGCUGCUACGGACCCAAGCCCGCCCUCAAUCGACCGCUGACUCUCAGAGACCGUCACAGAUUCAUCCAUGAGAACUCGAGGCAGACCUGCUGUUAUUCCUAGCAGAUCGAAUAGAUUUAUGCUGCGUCUUUUAUUAUAAAAAUGAGUAAAUUGUCGUUUCGGGCACGGGCACUGGAUGCUAGUAAGCCCCUGCCCGUCUUCCGCUGCGAGGAUUUGCCGGACCUGCACGAAUAUGCCUCAAUCAACCGGGCAGUACCGCAGAUGCCAACGGGGAUGGAAAAAGAGGAGGAAUCGGAGCACCAUCUCCAGCGGGCCAUCUCAGCGCAGCAGGUAUAUGGCGAGAAGCGGGACAACAUGGUUAUCCCCGUCCCCGAGGCGGAGUGCAACAUCACGCACUACGAGUCCCUCUACCCCGGGGAGUUCAAAAUGCCAAAGCAGCUUAUUCACAUACAGCCUUUUAGUUUGGAUACAGAGCAGCCAGACUAUGACCUAGAUUCAGAGGAUGAGACGUUUGUGAAUAAGCUGAAGAAGAAAAUGGAAAUCACUGCUCUGCAGUUUGAAGAAAUGAUAGACCGGCUGGAAAAAGGCAGUGGACAGCAGCUUGUCAGUCUACAGGAAGCCAAACUGCUGCUGAAGGAGGACGAUGAACUGAUCAAGGAGGUCUUUGACUACUGGAGCCGGAAGAGGAAAACCAGCAAGGGUGGCUGCCUCAUCCCCAGCGUCAAGCAGGAGAAGAGGGAUGGCUCUAGCACCAGCGACCCUUAUGUGGCCUUUCGCCGACGGACAGAGAAGAUGCAAACUAGGAAGAAUCGAAAGAAUGAUGAGGCCUCAUAUGAGAAGAUGCUGAAGCUGCGCAGGGACUUGAGUCGAGCUGUCACCAUCUUAGAGAUGAUCAAAAGAAGAGAGAAGAGCAAGAGGGAACUGUUGCACCUCACACUGGAAAUUGUGGAAAAGAGGAAUGUGUUGCCAGACUUUGGCAGUGAGGUGAUGGCAGAAGCACUGGCACAGCGGGCUCUGGUGAAGCCUGUUUACACCAUCCCCAUCAUUCCCCUGUCCAGCAGUAACCAGUACAGACAUCAGGACCACUUGGACAUGAAGGACUACAAGAAACCUGAGAAGACGGAGGCAGUUCGAACCAAAAGGAAAUAUGAAAAGAAACCCAAAAUCCUGCCUAUGUCAGCGCCUCAACAUUCAGGGCCCCCUGUGUUCAAUCCCAAGGACCUUAACCAGUAUGAUUUCCCCAGCUCAGAUGAAGAACCAUUCUCACAGAUCCAUUCAGGUUCCUCAGAGGCAGAAGAAGAGAAUGACCCAGAUGGCUGCUAUGCGUUCAGGAGGAAGGCCGGCUGUCAGUACUACGCUUAUCGUCCAGACGAGAGUGGCAGCUGGCCCUGGGUAAGCCCGUCAGAUGGUGGGCUCGGCGACCCACGCUUCCGCUACUGUCUGACCUCGCUGAACAUCCCAAGGCGCUGCAUAGGUUUGUCAAGGCGCCGUGUGGCCAGAGGCGGCAGGAUCUUGUUGGACAGAGCGCACACAGAUGUAGGCAACAUCUGCCAGAGCCUGGACUCUGACCCAGAGCCCGAACCACUCGCCUCACCACUUCCAAGCUCUCCGCUCCACAUCUCCAACGCCAGUACCUCAGAAACCAAUACCUCGGACCCAGCCAGCUCCUUCCACCUUCCCCCAUCUUCAUCACCCCUGUCGUCAUUAAAACCGAAGGACCUCAGCCAGAUUCUUUUGAACAUUAAAUCUUGCCGCUGGAGGCACUUCAGACCACGGACGCUAUCUCAUCACCCUUUGGGUGGAGAUUUGUCACGCAGAGGAUUUAGGGAUUUUAGCUGGACUGUGUCGGGACUAAACCGAACCCUGUCUGGAGGAGCCAGCGCCCAGAAUCGCAUUGGGCCAGCUACCACUCCUGUAAAUGUGUUCACGGCUGAGCAGUACCAGCAGCACCAGGAGCAGCUGGCCCUCAUGCAGAAACAGCAGCUGGAGCAGAGCGAACAGCAGCAGCAACAAGCCAAUAUUGUUCCUACAACUACCAACACACAGGCGCUCAUAUCCAAGACAUUAGACCAGGCCAGCGCCCAGUUUGCUGCUUCAGCCCUCGUCACCACGGAUCAGCUGCUGGCUUGUAAGUCCAAAGAGGACCCAGUACCGGUAGUCACGAGUGGAGUCAAUGGGAUCCUCCCAGGUGCAGGUGUUUUCAAAGGUUUGCACCUAUCCAGCACAACAGCAGCCCAUCACCAGACCAACCAGACGACGCACACUACCACCACCGCAGCCCCCACUUUCCUCCAACCUUCCUCCAACUCGGCCACCCCUUCGCCCGCAAAUGCCGUCCCCACCUCCCUCAACUCCAACCCCGGCGCUCAUGCAGCAGCGGCACUGGGGCUCCUGGGGUGCAGCGCUGCCAGUGCCACCCCUGCCACCACUCAGGUCCUCCUCGGGAACAACAUCUGUUUGGGCGUGUCGUCGGCCGCCAGCCUGGCUGCACGCCACAUCCCCCGGACCCUUGGCAAUGUGCCAUCCUCUGCCUUAAAGCUGUCCACCACCACCAACUUGCAGAUCCCCAAAGUAUCUGGAGCAACAUCCAUGGACAUGAGCUCCAGGGAAAAUCACGAUGAAGAGAAGCCAGCACUGAACAAUAUAGCAGACAACACAGUGGCCAUGGAGGUGACGUAGUAGCGGUGCAGCAAAGAGUCCGCUCUUUAGGUGCUGUGCAUCGUAGCAUCGGGAAUGCAAAAGGGACGGCAGGACUCGGACUCGCAGACGGGACGUGUGGCCGCGGCCGCUCGCAAUUCUCAUCUCUCUCAUACUUUUUCAACCUUUUCUUUCUUCCCUUUUGGUUUUUUUUGUUACUGUUAAAAGUAAAAUAUUGACACCUGUAAAUUAUGAAUAUGGCAAAGUUAGUAUCUGUACAGUAACUUCAUAUUUGUAAUAUCCUCCCCACCACCCAGUGUAUAUAUACUACUUGAAUACAGAACUGUCCAUUUGUGAUGUUUUGCACUUGGGAGUCAAAGGAAAAAAAAAAAAGUGAGCCAAGUAACUUGUGGCGAGUGUGAGAGACGUGCGAGUUGUAUAGAGAAGAGUUUUAUUACAUCAUGUGCAUGGUGCGGAGCCUGCUGUUUUUAUCUAUUUAUUGUGCUGUGUUUACAGUUUCUUUGUUUUGUUUUUUU